UUUGAGGGGAGAGGUUCAAAGAAUUUGAAGGUACACACUCUGUUGAUGGUUUCCUUUGAAAAGACGAUCGGUCAUUCAGGAAGUUCCUGUACUAAAGUGGUCAAGCCAUAGGUUUGGUCUGGUCAGUCUGGGGAGAGUAAGACGGAAAAACGCUAAUGAAGACAGUGGAAUGUCAAAGUCAAGUUCAUGUGGACGGGCCAGUGGGUGAAGAGCCCCAGAUGCCAGACAAGGACACCAUGGCCAUGACGGGCACAGAAGACACACCUGGAGGCAAAGCCAGCCCAGACUCUCAGGACUUGAAGCCAAGUGUGUUCCACAGCAUCAAGUUCUUCGUCCUGUGCCACAGCCUGCUGCAGCUGGCGCAGCUCAUGAUCUCAGGCUACCUCAAGAGCUCCAUCUCCACCGUGGAGAAGCGCUUCGGCCUUUCCAGCCAGACCUCUGGGCUACUGGCUGCCUUCAAUGAGGUGGGAAACACAGCCCUGAUUGUGUUUGUGAGUUAUUUUGGCAUCCGGGUACACCGGCCCCGACUGAUCGGCUGUGGGGCACUCCUCGUGGCCCUGGCAGGCCUGCUCAUGAGUCUCCCACACUUCAUCUCGGAGCCAUACCGCUAUGAUGGCACCAGCUCUGGGAACAUGUCACAGGAUUUCAAGGCUUCCCUGUGCCUUCCCACCACCUUGGUCCCGGCCCCAGCCUCCUCCAGCAGCAACUGCUCAAGUCACAAGGAGGCCAAGCACCUGGCCGUGGUGGGGAUAAUGUUUGUGGCACAGACCCUGCUCGGCGUGGGUGGUGUGCCCAUCCAGCCGUUCGGUAUCUCCUACAUCGAUGACUUUGCCCACAGCAACAACUCUCCUCUCUACCUUGGGAUCCUGUUUGCAGUGACACUGAUGGGGCCAGGUUUGGCUUUUGGGCUGGGUGGUGUCAUGCUGCGCCUUUAUGUGGACAUUGACCGGAUGCCAGAAGGUGGUAUCAGCCUCACCUCGAAGGACCCCCGAUGGGUGGGUGCCUGGUGGCUGGGCUUCCUCAUCUCUGCUGGCGCAGUGGCCCUGGCUGCCAUCCCCUACUUCUUCUUCCCCAGGGAGAUGCCCAAGGAGAAGCAGGAGCUUCACUUCCGGCGAAGGGUCUUGGCAGUUGUCAGCAAAGAUGAGGACGCCCCCCCUGGAGAGCCCCCAAAGAAGCAGGGCCUAGCCCACAUUGCACCAGACUUGACCAUGAUCCAGUUCAUCAAAGUGUUCCCCAGGGUGCUGCUGCGGACCCUGCGUCACCCCAUCUUCUUGCUGGUGGUCCUGUCCCAGGUGUGCAUGUCGUGCUCGGUGGCGGGCGUGGCCACCUUCCUUUCCAAGUUCCUGGAGCGCCAGUUUUCCAUCACAGCUUCCUACGCCAACAUGCUCAUUGGCUGCCUCUCCAUUCCUGCCGCCAUCAUGGGCAUCGUGCUGGGGGGCGUCCUGGUCAAGUGCCUCCGCCUGGGCCCCCUGCGCUGCAGUGCCCUUUGCCUGCUGGGGUCGCUGUUCUGCCUACUUUUCAACCUGCCCCUCUUCUUCAUGGGCUGCCCGACCCACCAGAUAGCCGGCAUCACCCACCAGCCUGGCAGCCAGCCCGAGCGGGAGCUCUUUCCAGGCUGCAUGGAGUCCUGCUCCUGCCCAUCGGACGACUUUAAUCCUGUGUGCGACUCCAGCACCCGUGUGGAGUACCUCACGCCCUGCCAUGCAGGCUGCACAAACCAGGCGGCUCCGAACAAAAGCCACGUUUUCUACACCAACUGCAGCUGCGUGACAGGAAGAGGCCCCGUGCAGGGGGGCUCCUGCGAAUCAGCCUGCAGUCACCUGGUGCUGCCCUUCAUGCUCCUGAUCAGCCUGGGCGGGGUCAUGGCCUCUGUCAGCCACACGCCGUCCUUCAUGCUCAUCCUAAGGGGUGUGAAGAAAGAAGACAAGGCUUUGGCCGUGGGGAUCCAGUUCAUGCUCCUGAGAGUUCUGGCCUGGAUGCCCAGCCCUGUGAUCCACGGCAGCGCCAUUGACACCACCUGUGUCCACUGGGCCUGGAGCUGUGGGCGUCGGGCCGUCUGCCGCUACUAUGACAAUGACCUGCUCCGAAACCGGUUUAUUGGUCUCCAGCUCUUCUUCAAGAUGGGCUCCCUGGCCUGCUUUGCCUUGAUUUUGGCUAUCCUAAGGCAGCAGGACAAAGAGGAGGGGACCAAAGCGACCUGCUCUGGCCUCCAGCAGCAGCUGUUAGUGUCGCAGCCAGAGAAGAAGCCUGAAGAAUCCAGAGUGUGAGCUCUCCUAGGGCCCCACCCUUCCCAAGAGAGGCAGCUACAGCGAGUACCUCCUCUGGGCCCUUUCCCUGAGAUUGGUUGUCAGGAGCCAUGUUUUCCAAUUCUGACACCUACACUAACUUGCUGUGUGACUUCAGGCAAGUCACUUACCCUCUCUGUGUCUUUGUUUGCUCAUCUGAACCAGGGAGUUACUUAGUGGGUUGCUGUGUUGGCCACUUUUUAAAAUAUAUAUAUAUCAUUUUUAUUUUUAAAAAUAUUUUUUGUUGGCCACUUCUGAAGCAAGAGGGUCCUACUUCUUUCUCCCCAAGCCAUACAGGCUGACCUGAAACUAGGCUUUCUUGGGUGGGAGGGACUGCACAUCUCUCCCCAGGGCCCUAGGGUAGAGAAGUGGACUAUAGUAGGCCAUGCUGCCCUGCACAUCAGACCCUAACCCUGCUCUGCCACUCACCUGGAGCACCCUCUCUGAGCCUUAGCCACCAUCUGUGUCAGGUGGAAAUGGACUUAGUAGUUUUCAAGCCCCUUCCAGCUGUGACCAACUGUGCAGUCAGGAUGGACUCAUGUGUCCUCCCCAAACCCUCAGCCUGGAGGCAGGACCAGGACAGCCUCUGUCAAGAAGUGUCCAUUUGGCGCCCCCUGGAGGCAGAGCCCUGGACUCCAAGGGGAGACCCACUACCGAGGCAGGUGGCCUCACACUCAGGACGUCCAAGCUGCGUAGGGCCUUCAGGAAACCUGGUGUGAGGGCCCCAGGGGGUCUUAGCUGAGAGGGGAGACUCACUCUCUGGACUCAGCAAGUCCCAACCCUUGCCCUCAGGGCGCCACAGUCUGGAUAAGAUCUAGUCUCUGCCUUAGGUGCUCUGGUGGAGAGGGAGACCCAGGCCCCCCACUUGAGCAUUUUCCAUCUUCAAAGAUCACACAUACCCAGCACACACAGGUAUCUAUGCAUUGCCAAGAUUUCGCACAUUUGACCAGGGUCCCCUAUCAAAGUCACUGCGACUUUUGUAACUAGAAUCCUAAUUUUACCAUUUCCUCCCAGGUGCUUGAAUCUGUGUCACCUGGGACUAUGUAGAGAAUGUCUGGUUCUGUGACACUCAAGUUUUGGGGGGUAUCGUCUGGUUCUCUGUGAUGCCUCGGUUGGUGUAAGGACCUGCUCAUUGUACUGCCCAGGCCUACAGUGCUGAGAACAGUAACGCCCAACUCUGUAACGAGUGGGUCUGUGGAAUGUUUGGGUCUGAACAAACUGGACCUUGUCUCUGUCAGACCUUGUCUGAUUUUAUGGCCAGGCCUGGUUAUCACCCUGGAAGGUGAGAGAGUUUCCUGAUCUGCUCCCGCCUACCCGACCUGGCUGGGAUCUGCUGCUCCAGAGGCAGGAGACAGAAGCCAUCCAUAGAAGUUUCCCAAGCCCUAUGUCCAGCCCUGUGCUGGGGGCCAGGGAGAAGCUGCGGGGAGGGCAGGGGACACACGUGGCUGUGGGCCUCUGAACAGCUCCCAGCAGCAGGCUUUGAGGCUAUCUCACAUGAAAGAAGAGGGAAGUACAGAAGUUCUAAUUCCCAUUUUAUUCUACCUGCUGAUACCUUUAAAUGUUUCAUAAAUAUCUGAGCCUGUAUUUAUCAUUGCCAAGAAUUUCAAAGUCUCCUCCAAUAAGAUGAGGCUGUUUGUAUGUUUCUAUUCCUUUUCCUUCCCUCCUGUUUACCAGGUUUUGCAGAAAUAAUCUGGAAUUAUAGAUAUAGCUUAUUAUUAAAUUUGUUCUUGCAUAAUA